GGUUGCGUCCCUGGGGCCAUGGCCGCCCGCUGACCGCCGACCGCGGCCGCCGAGCCUCGCGGGGAGCGGCGGGGCGGCCCGCAGGGCGCGGAGAUGAGCUGGUUCAAUGCCUCUCAGCUGUCGAGCUUCGCCAAGCAGGCCCUGUCCCAGGCCCAGAAGUCCAUCGACCGGGUCCUGGACAUCCAGGAGGAGGAGCCCGGCGCGUGGGCAGAGGCGCGGCCCUUCGGGGACCCGGGAAAAAGUUCCCCUGUAAGUGGAGGAUGGGAUACCUCCACGUGGGGGUUAAAUUCAAAUACAGAACCUGAGAGUCAACCAGUAGCAUCCCCUAAAGCAAUUACAAAACCAGUUCAGAGGACUGUUGUCGAUGAAUCUGAAAGUUUUUUCAGUGCCUUUCUCUCUCCAACGGAUGUCCAGCCAAUACAGCGGAGUCCAGUGGUGUCUAAGCCUCCCACCAAGUCACAACGACCUGAAGAAAAAGUCACAAACAGCUUACAGAAACCUCUGCAGCCGGGACAGUCAGAAACACCUGAUUUAACAGAGGCGGAAUUAACAGAGUCUCCUCUUCUGGCUGUACCAGAGGACUCGAAAAGCUGUCAUGUUUCCUUGGAGAAUCUGGAAGCAGAUACUCCAGCACUUAAGGAUGAAGUUAAGUCUGAAGAAAUCAGACAUGAUGCUGUUGAGAUUAAGGUGCCAGCUCUAAGUAUGACCGUAGCAGAAAGUACCACUGACGUGAAAACUCCUGUGGAAAGAGCACCCAACAGCCAGUCUCCUGUGGUAGAAGCAAAGGAUCUGGUUUCGGAUGCUAAGGAACAGAAGCCUGAAGAUAGACAGAGCAAUACUCCCUCCCCUCCUGUUAGUACUUUCUCCUCAGGUACUUCUACUACCAGCGAUAUUGAAGUUCUGGACCAUGAAAGUGUCAUCAGUGAGAGUUCAGCAAGUUCAAGACAAGAGGCCACAGACUCAAAGUCAACCCUUCACUUGAUGCAGACAUCCUUUCAGCUUUUGUCUGCCUCUGCCUGUACUGAAUAUAAUCGUCUAGAUGAUUUCCAAAAACUUACAGAGAGUUGCUGUUCCUCUGAUGCUUUUGAAAGAAUAGACUCAUUUAGUGUUCAGUCUUUAGAUAGCCGGAGUGUAAGUGAAAUAAAUUCUGAUGAUGAAUUGUCAGGCAAGGGAUAUGCUUUAGUGCCUAUAACAGCCAAUGCUUCAACUCCAAAGACUAAGAUAACAGAGUCUGUUGAAGGAAAAUCUGAAGAAGAAAAUGAAACAUUAGUUAUACCAACUGAAGAAACUGAAAUGGAAGAAAGUGGUCGGAGUGCAACUCCUGUGAACUGUGAACAGCCUGACAUCUUGGUUUCUUCUUUACAAACCAUUGAAGGACAUAUGGUCCCAGAAAAGGUGACUGGGGGGUGCCAGGAUGUUGAAAAUCAGCCGGAAGGACCUUCUGAGAAGGAAGAUUUUUGCAAGACAAUUGACCUCCUGAAUGAAAAAUUGGAAAAAAGAGAAACCCAGUUACUAGCCAUUAGUAAGGAGAAAGCAGUUCUAGAAGAAGCUUAUGAUAAUUUAAAAGAUGAAAUGUUUAGAGUCAAAGAAGAAAGCAAUAGCAUUUCAUCCUUGAAAGACGAGUUUACUCAAAGAAUUGCAGAAGCAGAAAAGAAGGUUCAGUUAGCCUGCAAAGAAAGAGAUGCUGCUAAAAAGGAAGUAAAAACCAUAAAAGAAGAACUUGCAACUAGGUUAAAUUGUAAUGAAACGGCAGAACUUUUGAAAGAGAAAGAUGAGCAAAUAAAAGGAUUAAUGGAAGAAGGAGAAAAACUUUCAAAACAGCAGCUGCACAAUUCCAACAUCAUUAAGAAGUUAAGAGCUAAAGAGAGAGAAAAUGAAAACAUUAGUGCAAAGCAGAGCAAAAAGAUGAAGGAGCUAGAAGAGGAACUGCAACAUUUAAAGCAGGUUCUUGAUGGCAAAGAGGAGAUUGAGAAACAACAUAGAGAGAACAAAAAACUUAGCUGUGUAGUAGAACGACAAGAAAAGGAUCUUGGCAGACUUCAAGUGGACAUGGAUGAACUUGGGGAAAAAAAUCGAAGUGCCCAGGCGGCCUUGGAUAGUGCAUAUAAAGAGCUUGCAGAUCUUCACAAAGCUAAUGCUAUGAAGGAUACAGAGGCACAGGAGGCGUCUUUAAAUCGUGAAAUGAAAGUUAAAGAAGAGCUAUGUUUAGCACUUGAGAAGGCCCAGGAAGAAGCCCAUCAACAGCAAGAAGCAUUAGCAAUUCAGGUGGCAGACCUUAGAUUGGCUUUGCAGCGGGCAGAACAAGCUGCUGCACGAAAGGAAGAUUAUUUGCGUCAUGAAAUCAGUGAACUGCAGCAGAGACUCCAGGAGGCAGAGAAUAGGAACCAAGAGCUAAGCCAGAGUGUUACAUCUACCACAAGACCAUUGCUUCGACAAAUAGAAAAUCUACAAGCAACUCUGGGAGCGCAGACGUCAUCGUGGGAGAAGUUAGAGAAGAAUCUCUCUGAUAGGCUUGGUGAAACCCAGGCCUCGUUGGCAGCGGCAGUGGAGAGGGAGCAUGCUGCUGUUGAAGAGCUGCUUACUAACAAAAUGCAGGUGUCUUCCAUGGAGUCACAGAAUAGCAUCUUGAGACAGGAAAAUAGUAGAUUUCAGGUCCAGCUUGAAGCUGAGAAAAACAGACUACAAAAACUGGAAGAUGAAAACAGCCGGUACCAGGUUGAACUAGAAAACCUAAAGGAAGACUAUGGGAAAACCCUGGAAGAGGCUCGGAGAGAAAAGACAUUAUUAAAUAGUCAACUAGAAGUGGAGAAAAUGAAAGUUGAACAAGAAAGAAAGAAAGCAAUUUUAUCCCAAGAAAUGAUGAAGGAAAAGGAACGUAAGACAUUUUCUUUUUCGACAUUGGAUACUGUUUCCAGCACUCCUACGUUGUCUCGUUCUAGUUCUGUAAGUGGAAUUGAUAUGGCAGGCUUACAAACGUCGUAUCUUUCUCAGGAUGAAUCUCAAGAUCAUUCAUUUGGACCAAUGUCUGUAUCGGUAAAUGGAAGCAAUCUCUAUGAUGCUGUAAGAAUGGGAGCAGGAUCAAGUGUUAUUGAAAAUCUUCAGUCUCAAUUAAAACUAAAGGAAGGAGAAAUUACUCAUUUACAGAUGGAAAUUGGAAAUCUGGAAAAAACUCGAUCUAUAAUGGCUGAAGAGUUGGUUAAGUUAACAAAUCAGAAUGAUGAAUUUGAAGAAAAAGUGAAAGAAAUACCAAAGCUUCGUGCACAGUUGAGGGACUUGGAUCAAAGAUACAACACCAUUCUGCAAAUGUAUGGAGAGAAAGCAGAAGAGGCUGAAGAGCUUCGAUUAGAUCUCGAAGAUGUGAAAAAUAUGUAUAAGACUCAGAUAGAUGAACUCUUAAGACAAAGGCUGAACUAAACUCUGGUGAAAAGUAAUUUUACAGUACAUCAAAGUAAAGACUGACUAUGUAAAUGCAGAAUUCUAGUAACUUGUAAAUUCUAUUAAAAGUAUUAAAAUAUGAUUUUCUUAUAGAAUUUAGAAGUUUGAAAGAUUGUUUUAUAACAUGCAGUACUAUUUGAAGUUAAGUUAUUUGGUGCAAUAUCAGAACAUUAUUUUUGGAAACUGUUCUCUCCCUUUAUUUAAAAUUAAUUUUAAAAACACCUGAUUUUUAUGUCUUGACCAACAUAGAAGUUGAUUACUUUGCCCUUAUAUCAGCAAAUCUGUCAGUGAAAUGUUAAAGAAGAAUAUUAUCGAAUGGAAUUCAUAUAUAUAUUGUAGAUAUAUGAUACAAAUAUAUCUAUAAUUUAUAUGUGUGUAUAUAAUGUAUAUGUUGAGAUACAUUGCUCAUUAUAGCCUUGGAAUCUUUCACGUGAUAAAUCUUUAUAUCUAAUCUGCCACUCAUGAGUAUGUACAUACAUGUUGGACUAAAAAAAGUUACUGACCUUGGGGUAUGUUGUUAAAUAUUGCAUUGAUUUUUAGAAAGUAUAAAUCACAAAGACUUGCUGUCUGAAAUAUAAAGGGCAGAUAAUUCAGACGUGGCUUUUCUUUUUUGAUCUAAGCAUGACUCCAAGUCUGCUCUCUGGUGAAUUUCAUGUUCUCAGGCUGACAUUGGCAUUCUCACUUGACAUAUGGAGGAGUUAUUUCACCAAAGUAAUAGGAUUUAGUUCUAUAAAAAUGUCCUUUUUUUGUAGCCAGCAAAAGAGUGCUCUAGCUAUUUUACAUUUGAUUGAGCAGAAAUUUACCUCCAUAAUUUUAGUUUUGUGCUUGAAAAAAGUUUCAUUUAAAUAUUUUUGGAAAGGAGAGACUGUUUUAUAGCAUUACUGAAAAUAAAAAGUAAAUUCACUUAUUACAAUAAUUGGUUCUUUUAGAACUAUCAGUGCUCUAAUUCUAUAAAGCAAUAUUUUUGGCACUUUAAAAAGUGAAUAUUUGAAACAAUAGAACUUUAAAAAUUUAUAGAAGCCAUUUUAGUUUGCUAUUAAUAUAAAUCCAUGUUAUUUAUAGUUUUAAUUUAUUUUGUAAAACUUUUAUAUUAAACUUUAUUUUUUGUUAUUUUUCUUCUAUAUUCCAAAACCAAUUAUGUCAUAGGUUGUUUUUGACCUUCAUUCUUUAAAUUUAAACUCUUUUGUGAUUUCAUGAAGACAGUGUGGAUCAUUGUCAUUUUCCUUUUAUUUUGAGUGACUUAAUAAAUAACCAUCAUUUUUCAAUUCUGUUUUUGUUCAGAAAACAGCCAGGUGAAGUUUUAGAUCUGUGAAAUGGUCUGAUGCAUUGAUGUCACUGGCCAUCUGGUAACUUACAAUUGUGGUUUUUUCGUAUAAUUUUUAGUUAAAUUUGAAAUUCUAGCAGUUUACUGUCACAGAGAACCUUGUUGCAGAGCUUUUCCAGGGUAGCUACUGGCGACUUCAUUUGUUUUCUCUUUGCAUUCCAGACAGCAGCUGUGUCACUUGGGCUCUGAUUUGUAGCACUAAUAAACAUUCUUUCAAUGUGAGCUAUACUAAUGAAAUUAUAUUUCUUGUGUUUUAUUUUACAAAGCAAUCUGAUUUCUUUUGGCAAAUGUGGUAAUGUGAAUAUUUAGGGGCAAAAUACUAUAAUUACUCUGAAUGAAAUUGAAACUAUAGAAUCUUAUGUAACAGUCCAGUUACAUUAUUUUUCUUUCUAGAUUUGGCCAGGAGAGAAGUACAAAAUAAAAUUUAGAAAGUUAAGAAGUUGCAAGAUUUUUGAAGAGUUCAGAAGUAUAAUAUAAGAGUUUAAGAAUUAUAAAAUUCUCUCUGAAAAGGUUCUUUAUAAGUGUUGUGGGUGGAAACAACCCAAUAACCCAUUGUAUAAACCCAGUCAACAAAUCUCUGAAAUAAGGAACGUUUCCUGGGAAAAUUAAAAUGAAACACCUAUGUAUACUGUCUUUCUUAAGCAUUCCAGAAAUUAAAUUUUAGUACUUAAACAUUUUAAUAAAUGAAUAUAAGGUAUUGUUUGAUAGUUUAAUCAUAUCCUUGUUUAAUUUUAAAUUGCCAGAUAAAUAUAUGUCUGUAUCACCACUUAUUCUUUAUCAAGUACUGAUUUAAUAAUUUUGAACUUUGAAAUGAAAUCAUUUAUUGACAGAAUAGAAUACACUGUUAGGAAAUUGAACUCUUCUUUAAUUGUAAAAAGCGCUAUCUAGAAGAUAAUUGGAUUUAUAUUUUAGCCUAUAGUAAAUACUGUCCAAUUUGAUUUUCCCACUAAAAUAUUUAUGUUUUCUAAAAUAAAAAGAUUCUAAAUUUA